UUUCUGAGAAGACAAGACAUCCGUCCUUCCUUCCUCCUCCUCAUCUCAAUCCCAUCCAUUUCUUCCCUCUGCGGAGACACGGAGCCGCCUCCCCCUCCCCUACACCCCCCAAUUCCUUGGAACCCAGACCUCCGUCGGCCCCAUUACAUUUAACCCUACCCUGGUUUCACCCCUAACCACGGUUCAAUUUAAUUCUCUCUAGGCCUGACCGCCUCGCCUUCUUCCUCUUCCUCUGUAUUUAUCUCUCUCGUUCCCUCAAAUCUCUGCUCUUCGCUACCUCCCUUAAAACACACUUCUUCUUCUUCUUCUUCAGUCUUGAGAGCUUAACAACUAGACUUAAGGAUGAGCUGCAAUGGGUGCAGGGUUCUCAGAAAGGGCUGCAGCGAGCAGUGCGUGCUCAGGCAGUGCCUCAGGGGCGUCGUGGGCCCCCAAGCCCAGGCCAACGCCACCCUCUUCGUCGCCAAGUUCUUCGGCCGCGCUACCCUCCUCUCCUUUGUCUCCGCCGUCCCCGAGCCCCACCGCCCCGCUUUGUUUCAGUCUCUGUUAUUCGAAGCCGUCGGGAGGACGAUAAAUCCGGUCGGGGGAGUGGUCGGCCUGCUCUGGACCGGGAACUGGCAGCUCUGCCAGUCCUCCGUCGAGACGGUGCUCCAAGGAGGCCCCUUGCAGCCGCUGCCGGAGCUCGCGAGUAGAAACCCCUGCCCUGACUCCGACAACUGCUCCGAGUCCGGCAUCGACUACUUCCGUCCCGACCUGACGGAAUCACCGAAGGUCAUCAACCCGCCGUCCAAGAGCUUCGAUGACGAAGAUGAGCUCAAGUUCCAGAGGUGCGACGACCUCGAUCUGUCCCUGAAGUCUACCAUGCCGAUGCCGGUGGAGGAAAGUGAAAUGUGCCCGCUGCGGUCGAAGAAGAGGAGAGCGGAGACGCCUCCGGAGGAGGAGUCUAAGACGACGGCGUCCGGGAGCGGCUCCUCCUCGGAUGGCGGUCUUGAGAGGAGAGAGAGACCGCUGCUGAGUUUAUUUAUCUGAUCUAACCAGACAGCAUGAGUAACCGACCAAGGAUAUCUCCAUCGAUUUUUUUUUUCUUUCAUUACGAGAAAGAUUCAUGAGUCUAAUAGAACGUUAGAUAAUGUCGUUAAUCGGUGCGUGCAUUUUGUAUUUUGCUUUUGGUGCGGAAGACUUUCUGCCUACCGAAACAUCCAUGAAUUAUCAUGAUUGAUAUUUAGCAGUAAUUUUUCAUUUUACAUAGCUUGAGAUAAUUCACAUUUUUUUGCUGAUAUUUAUAUAUAUAUUGAAGGCCUAUUAUUCUGAUGUA